AUGGCGUCAGAAAUCCAAGAUCCGCCCGAUGCAACCGCUAUCCCGCCGCAGAAGCCGACCGAAGCUCCUCGACGAUGCUUCAUCUGUCUGACAGACGAAGAACCUACAGAUCCCCCGGGAUCAUGGGUCGACCCAUGCGGAUGUACCCUCGAAGCCCAUCAAGACUGCAUGCUUUCAUGGGUAACUGACUGCGAACGUUCCAACAAACCGCUUCAGUGCCCCGUAUGCAAAGACAGGAUUCAAAUGGAGGGGCCCUGGGACCCCAUCGUCUCUGUGACAGACGCCGUUGCAAAUAGGUUUACACGCGCGAGUCCUUUCAUGUUGCUCUCAUCUGUCACAGUUGGUGCGCAGUUUAGUCUCCAGAUGUACGGAGCAUCUGCUAUGUGGGCAUUCGCAGGUCGCCAGGCUUUGGUAGACUACGUCCUCGGUCACGAAGUUUGGGCGAAUGGAGAUGCCUCAAGAGUAUUGAUGACUGGGGGCCAAAGGCUGGGAAAGGCAUUGAUCCUGACCAACAUAGGGCCAGCUCUCCUCAUCGGACAGUUGAUGCCGUGGUUUGCGAACAAAGUAUUCCUCUCCACAGCCUCGUUGUAUGGUGCCUACCAUGCCAUGCAUGAUGACAAAUUCUUCGAUUGGCCUCCGUCACCUCAGCUCGCCAUGGCCGUGUUCCCAUGCGUCCGAUCGGUCUAUUUGAAUUUGUGGCGCGAAUUCGUUCUUCCACAUGAGAUCAACCUCAACCGACAGAUAAUGGGUCUCCCCCCAAUCGAACCCCGACGAGAUCAGGCCCCCGCCAACGAACGACAACCGGAGCAGCGCGGAGAGGGCGGUGUCAUGGGCUUCCUCAACGGUCUCAUCGAGGCUCUUGAGGGCGAUGAGGCUGACGACGAUGGCGAGAUCGAUGCUCUGGGACCAAGAGCGCCUGGGGAUGUGGAGGACCAAAAUGGUGGUGGGGUUGUCAUAGAGCUCGUCAUUCAGGAAGUCGACGACGAGGAUGAUAAUGCAUGGGGCCAACAACCAGCUGAGAACAAUGGGGUGCCCCAACAAGAACCGCUCAAUGAUGAGAACCCAGUGAUACUGCCAGCUGAGGACAUCGAAGAAGACGGCCAAGAAGACUUCCCUCCUGUCCCGAUCGAAGCACCACAAGACCCAAACCUAGAGGCAGCUGUUGAUCAUGCGCCUGUUAUUAUCCCUGAACCUGAAGCCGGGAACCAAGCCGCUCAACAAAACCAACACGAAGCUCCUCAAGCGCCACCUGCGCGUCGCCCUGGCCUAGGAACGAUCCUGUCCGGAGUAUCCAACGCGAUCGUCAGCGCCUUGAUACUUCCGGGCGUCUCUUAUGCCAUGGGUGAGCUUCUUCGCAUGGCCCUCCCUAAGCAACUGACUGCUGCACCAUCACUCUUUCGAGGAGGGUUAUUGCGGCCGGGUCUACUUCAACAACAAUGGGGACGCAGUCUUGUGGGCGGUUGUCUUUAUGUGGUCAUCAAAGAUAUGCUUAGACUGUAUACCAAGUACCGCAAGGUGGCUGCGAUCGGAAACCGACGGGUGAAGAAUGUUGACAGAGCCAGGCGUCGAAAGUGA